AACCCUCACUCUAACUCUUACUCUCACUCCCUGACUCAGGUGGACUGGCCGCUGAACAUCAUCAUCACGGACGGCUGCAUGAACAAGUACAACCGGCUGUUCUCCUUCCUGCUGCAGCUCAAGCACAUGGUGUGGUCGCUCCGAGACGUCUGGUUCCACCUCAAGAGAACCGCGCUGGUUAAGGGGGCGGGACACUCGGUGCAGUUCCGCCAGCUGCAGCUCUACCGCCACGAGAUGCAGCACUUUGUGAAGGUGAUCCAGGGCUACAUCGCCAACCAGAUCCUGCAGGUGUCCUGGAGCGAGUUCACGGCCAAGCUGGCCACCGCCGGAGACCUGGACGCCAUCCACCGCAUGCACGCCGACUACCUCAACAGAGCCAUCUUCAGGGGCCUGCUGACGGAGAAGGCGGCGCCGGUCAUGAACAUCAUCCACAGCAUCUUCAGCCUGAUUCUCAAGUUCCGCGCCCAGCUCAUCGCACAGCCCUGGUCCAGCCACCAGGGGGAGACGGUGCACCCCAGCUUCAUCGCCAUGCAGCAGUCCUACAACACCUUCAAGUACUACUCCCACUUCCUGUUCAAAGUGGUCACUAAACUGGUCAACAGGGGCUACCAGCCCCAUCUGGAGGACUUCCUGCUCCGCAUCAACUUCAACAAUUACUACAAGGAGACCUGAGUCUGUCUGGAGGUCCGCACUGCUCCUAGAACUGCCUCCAUCUGUGUGUAACGCACCAGGUAUGCGGUUAUAGCUACUGAGCUUUGCAUGCGCCGAGGUUUAUGCUUUGGUGUGGUGAAGUAUAAGCACAACAAAGACUUUUUUUUUUUUUUUGAUGCCUCUGCGUGUGGUAUAGAAAGGGCUUCAUGUGAGCGAGUGGGUUUAUUUUUUUAGUCUGAACAGGAGUUAUAUUAUAUGAUUUGAACUAGAAGACUCCUCGGAUGUGUGAGUGGCUUUGCAUUAUUGGUUAGCUUGUGAAUAUGGGUGCUACCAAUGAGAACUACAUUAAGCUGAUGCCAAAAAGUGUACCCCUUGUGUCAAGCGUUCGUCCUGCUAGACAGGCGAGAAGUCCUGUCCUAUUGUUAUGCCUUCAAAACAAGUGUUCCAUGAUGUGUAAAUAAAACAUGUAAAUGAAUACUUUGGGUGACCAUGGUAGUCGGUUUCAAGUUAUUCCUUCUGCGAUGUGAAGAAAAUGUAUAAUUUCAAGCGUUCAAAGUAAAAGUCAUGUGUAUUUUUAUUAAAGAAUGUUGACAUUUUGUUUUAGAAAAUUAGGUCAGACAAUGAGUGCAAAGCAGUAUAUUUAAUAAACUCAACUUUACAUUUACAUGAAAAUCAUUACCAUUCCUGGAGCUUGACCUGCAUAUUUCUUCAUGUACCGAUGAUUUAUUUCUAGAUGUGCAAAAAACAAAC